AUCCUAUCCAUUCGUUUACGACGUUUAUGACGUCAAUGCCUGUCGUAUACGCUGUCUGCGUGCGAUAAUUUACAAGAGCGGGAGGGAGGAGAGAAAAUAACGCGCCAUGCAUACACUGUGCGCGCGUGAGAGAGAUAAAGCGAGGUAGGGAUAAAUAUCAUGGAGUGAGCGCGGACCCGUGGGGGAUAGACAGAGAGAAGAUAAGGAAAAAAAUAAUAGCCAGCGAUUGCGUUCGAGCGCGUGUGCCUUUUCCCGUGUAUGUACAUAAGCAAGCUGGGAUCCCGCGCGCGAGGCUUGUUGCCGUUCAUCUCUGGGGGGCAGAAUAGUAGCCGCUAGUCCCGGACGUAGAUUGCCGUUGCCGCCGCCGCCGACACCGCCACCGUCACCACCACCGCCGCCACCGUUGCCGCGUGGGUUUUAUCGUGCUUGCGAAGCAGGCUCAGAGCAUGGGCUCGAAGAAGCACAAGAAGCACAAGCGCGAGAGACACGAAGCUGAAGGUCUUUACCCCAUACCAGACAAACCUCCAGCUUUAAAAUUAAUAUUAAAAGUUGGUGGAAAUUGUGGGACUCCUGAACACGGUGGUGGUGAGUCACCAAGCCAGGCAACCAUGUUAUCUCAACAUUAUCAACAACAACUAGGUUUUAAUUACUCAGUAACUGGAGGAGAGCAGGAAUUUGAUAGGUAUUUGGGACAUAAAAAAUUAAAAAAAAAGAAAAAGAAGAAAGAUAAACGACAUAAGCAUCAUCACAAAGAUAAAAAGAGAAAGAGAGAAGAGUCAAGCCAAGAGUCUGUUGGUGAUGGAGAAGAAAGCAUGGUGGAAGCACCCAAAAAAAUACCACUUAAUCAUCAACCAUUACCUAUGAGACCUAUUAUUCCUCCUACUAAUGAAUCAAGAGUAGUAAAUCCUGCUGCUACUAGUAGCUUAUCACCUCAUAGAGAGCCUCGUACUUGUGUUCUUAGGAAAAUUGCAGAAAAGACUCCUCUUCAGCGAUUGUUGGAGCAUUUACUUAGAUCAAUGGAAAAGCGAGAUCCACAACAGUUUUUUGCAUGGCCUGUCACAGAUAAUAUUGCUCCAGGAUACUCGCAAAUUAUUACAAAUCCUAUGGAUUUCAGUACUAUUAAACAAAAAAUAGAUGAUAAUAAUUAUCAAAAUCUUAAUGAUUUUAUAGAUGAUUUUAAGCUAAUGUGUGAUAAUGCAACCACUUAUAAUCAUCCUGAUACUAUUUAUUUUAAAGCAGCUAAAAAAUUGCUACAUGUUGGUUUAAAGAUGGUUAUACCUGAUAAAUUAAAACAGUUACGAUCAGUUUUAGUGUACAUGCAAGAUCUGACUAAAGAAGAACUUGGAUUUGAGUUGGGUACUGAAGAUCCAAAUAAUCCUGAUGUUCACAUAACUGAGGAGCAAAUAGAGAAAGAACGAGAACAAGAGGAGCAAAUAGAAGAAGCUGAAGAAUUGAGGAAAGAAAAUCAAAGGAAAAUGCGUUUAGCGAAUUUGAGUAAAUUUGAAGCCAUUCCAGAUGAUUUAACUCCUGACGAGAUUUUAAAACAAGCUCGCAAUGCUGCAAAAUCUGCUGCAGAAAAAUUAAGUCUCAAGCGAGUAAGUUCAAAAAUGGGAUUUUUGAGACAAAAAAAAGAUGGCACAACAAGUUUACAAAUCAUAGUACCCGGAGAUGGAGUUAUUCCAGGUACAAAUCAGAGGCCUGUGUCUUUAGGACAACUAAUUGGGAAAUUAAGUCAUGGUACAGGUGCUUUAGCUGGAUUUAGAGAAGAUAGAAGAAAUAUGUCCAAACCAGUAAAACCAUUGUAUUAUGGAGCUUUCGGAUCAUAUGCUCCAAGCUAUGAUUCGACAUUUGCAAAUCUUACAAAGGAAGAAUCAGACUUAGUGUAUCAAACUUAUGGUGAUGAGACUGCUGUUCAAUAUGCUGAAUCUAUUCUUGACUUUGCUAAAGAUUGUGAUUAUACAUUGACUAUGGUCGAUGAUUUACUAGAUAUUUUAACAAACGGAGAUCAUAGACAAACAAAAAAUUUCCUUGAAGAAAAGCGAAGACUCAAAGAAGAAGAAGAAAAAAUUAAACACCUGCUAGAGAAGCCAAUUCAAGAUCUAAAUCGGAAUAUACCAUUAGUUGACAAAGUAAAAGUUGAUAUAGAUCAAUUGAAAACUUUGUCAGAUAUUGGAAUUGAUGUCAAUUUCUUAGAAAGUUUAGAGGAAGACAUAAAAUCAAAUGAAGAACGUGCAGCACUACAAAAUCGUCUUGAUGAUACAUCAAACAUGUUGAAUAGCCUAAGGCAAACUCAACAUGAUCGUCUUUCAGCUCCUCCUCCACCACAUUUAUCAAAUAUACCAAAACCUUCAGAAUCUGAGGUGAUGCUUGCUGAAAAAAUUACAGAAAAUUUAACAAGUAUAGCAAAAAAAUUACCGCCAUCUUCAAUUGCUCCAGUAGAUGGCUUGAGGAAAGCUAUGGGAAUUGCACCUCUUGGAGGACCAGAACCUAUGGAAGUCGAACCAAUUACUCAUAAUCCUUCAAUUGUUACAGAUAAUACAAUUAUUCAAGAAAAUUGCUCAAAUCAAGAAUCAAGUAAUAUGUUACCAAUUGCUAUGUCAUUAGAUAUGAAUAAUGUAAGACAAGGACAACUACCAAUGCAAAUGGUAUUAGCUCAAAAUCAAGCAACAUCCAUGUUAAAUACAACAGAAACAUCAGGAGUUACUGAUUUAGAAUCUGAGCUUAGAGAGUUUCUAGAGAGUGAUCCAACGUUGGGUCAUUCACCUCUUCAUGAUGACAAAACAUUAGAAGACAUUCUUUCAGAAUCUUAGCACGUAAUAUAGUUAUUCGCUAAGUCAGUUGAAUUUUUGUAACUGAAGAAAAUUGUAAAUUUGUUUAAUGUGUAAGUUUUAACUAUAAGACUAAUCUAAAUUUAAAAAUAUACAAAUGCCUUUGAUAA